GUCAUUCUAUAGAAUCAUGUUUGAAUCAGUAAAUUUAUGCCCUUCGGAUAGUGAGUUGAAAUUUUAUAUUAACGAUUUUCAAAUAAUAUAUAGAAGAUUAUUGGUGUUGUUGUAAAAUUACUUCAGUGUUAUUUAUAUUUAAUAAGAUGAUGAAUAUGAAUCCUGCGAAACCGCAAGUAUCGAUUGCAAAUAUAAAACUUGUCACUCCAGCCAUGGUGGUUGCCCAAGCCCAGAAUAGUGCGACGAAACCGCGCAAACUGAAUUUUACCUUACCCGAAGUGGAAUGCCUGUUGAAAUGCGUUCUGCAAUAUCGCGAUGUGGUACUAUUCAGCGUCCAAGGAGGAAGAGGAGAUGUUUCGAACAAGAAUUCUCCUUGGCUUCAGACUUGGGAGAAAAUUGCUGUUGCAGUGUCCAAAGUGGAGAAAAUUCAUCGUACCGAAGCUGAUUGUCGUAAAAAGUGGACCUAUUUAAAAUGGGAGGCUAGGAAUACUAGCAAACCAACACGCGAUAUCGUAUCCAAAUGCGUAUUCGAUAUAUUAACAUCACGGAAUGGCGAUUCGAUUGAUAUCAAUUUAACUAAAAAUAAUUCAUACAACAAUAUAUCAUACAAUAAUGAUAACAGACAACAAAAACCAACUGCAAUAGACAAUCUUUAUAAAGCUACCACAAAUUUUACCGAUUUACCACCGCUGGUGAAAAUCGAGAGUGGUGAUGAUUCUGGAAGCGGCGGUGAAACUUAUCCUGCGAUGUUAUGCAGGAGUAUACUUAUGAAUCACAAAACAGAUGAACGAAAUGGUUUUUCAAAUGUACCUACACCCGCUAUUGAGCGCAAAGAUCGCAAUGUGAGCAAUGUAAUGUCCAAUAUUUCGAACAUACAAGAGCAUGUCAAAUCACAAGUAUAUAAUCAAUAUACAAAAACGAAAAUAUCACCAUCACCUGUUCAAGAGAAGAAACUUAUUAUACCAGAUAUUCCAUCAUCUCAAGACGUUUGCUUACGUUGGAACAGUCAUCAUAGCAACAUGCAAAAAACAUUUUCAAUGCUUCUCGACUCUGAGGAAUUUGUAGAUGUGACUCUUGCUUGCGAAGGACAAUUUAUUAAAUGCCACAAGAUGGUUUUAUCAUCAUGUAGUGGAUUUUUCUCUGAUUUAUUCCGAGAAAAUCCAUGUCAACACCCAGUGGUAGUAUUGCGGGGAUCGGCACUCUGGGAGAUACGGGCCUUGGUGGAUUUUAUGUAUCGGGGUGAAGUCAAUGUGCAGCAAAAUCGCUUAGCUGAAUUUCUUGCUGCAGCGGAAGAAUUUCGGGUAAAAGGACUUGCUAACUCUGCUCCUCGAGAACAUGAAAACUCUAAUUCUUCGGAUUUGAAACAUGAGGAAAUUGUUACAGAUGAAUCAGUUUUACUUCAAGCUGCACUUCAACAAAAUUAUGGUUUAAAGCGAAAAUAUAGCCAAUCCUUCCAAAAAAGUACAAGUUCAGAAAAGCACAUGAGGCGACAUAGUGAUACUUGGAAUAACACAUAUAAGACAAACGCCAAGGCACAAAAUUUUACAAAUGGAACAGCUGGAUCAGACAACAAUGCUAUUCGAAAUACAAUUAGACAUAAUUCAAUCAGUGCAAAAGAAGAUAUUAUAAAUAAUACAAUGGCACAUGACAUCCUACAACCAUAUAUCAAAGAAGAGCAACCGGAGAGAGAGAGUAGUGAUGAAAAUUCAGCAGAAUCAGAGGAAAACCUGGACAGUGAAAAGUUUGAAUACGAUGAAUCUAAGGAAAAAUCACCGACAACCUCUAAUGAAGCGGACUAUGAAUCAUUUAUUUACAGUGAAGAAAUUUUGUGCAAUGAAUAUACCGACAAUAACAAAGAGCAGAUAGAAUUUCUAAAACAUACUGUGCAGUUAAAACCUAGACAUGAUAGCGACUCGAGUAAAGAUGAUUGAUAAAGAAAAUAUAUAUAAUUGAUAUAAAAUAAUCUAAUUUAUAUAUAGAGCAAGAUUUGAAUAAUCUGAACAACUAAC